CAGCCAGCGAUCGCCCGUAUUCGCAAGUUAUCGCCAGUGUACGCAAGUGAUCGCAAUUGACCGCAAGUGACCGCACGUGCUCGCAAGUGUUCCGACGUACCGAAAUGCAGCCGGCAGCACGCUGGCCGCAUUGAACACUAGUUACCAGAUAUGCUACAAUCGUUGUUACAACCAAGAGAUAACCAAAGACCUCAAGAUGAUGCCGCUUCAGACGCCACAAGACGAGAGCUUCUUGUGAGGGGAGUGCCCGUGGCUUAAGCAAUUGUUAUAGGAGUCAAUAAUUGAUUAACAAAAAUGAUUGGUGCGAUGCCAGCAGUCGCUGUCCGGCAUGAGCGGCGACGGGCUGAGAAGCGGACGGGAGGACGCCGUCCCUCCCAGCUGCCGCUGCAGCUCGGCAGAGGCAUCGAGGACGCGACGCCCUCGCCUGAACACCGACUGAGGAACGAGCUAUAUGUUUGCGGGAAGGUGGCAGCUCUUCAUGCGAUUGUGGGUUCGCUGCUUCUCGGCAUCGUGGUGCUAGUUGUGGGACUCGUGCAGCUGUCUCCAGGCGCAGAAGCAGCUCAACAUCGCUACUAUCUUAUGGGAGCUGGCGCAGCUUUGGUCGGCACCGGCGUAUUAGGAGCUGUUCUUAGAUGCAUGUGUCUCCACUGGUACAAUAUAAAGCUUCGCGAAGAAUACGACGAAAGAAUUCGGUCUAAUCAGAAGAACUGCUUAAGUGUGGUGGAAAGUCACCACGACCACGAACAUAGACGCAAGGAAGACCGACCCAAACUAAAGGCGCAGGCCAGCGUUCCGGAUGUCGACCUCAUCAAACAACCUUCCGUAGCCAGCGACACUUAAACCCUGACCAUUAUACGAUAAUGCAUCGUAAUACUGUUGAAGGCAAAAUUAAUUUAGACUACUAAACGAAGUUGGAGUAACAAUUAUGACGAGAUUGUAUACAAAGCUAUAGCCAUACUUCUGUGACCAAGUGACUACGAAUUUACUAUUCUCAAAUUAUUCGAACAUAAACACGCUAAAACCUAGACAAUGUGUACAACGUGAUAGUUAUGUUCCUUGCAUUCGCUGUAUCAAAGUAUGACCGUAGCUUUAGACGAUUGAAAGGUUCCUUCAACUUCGGUUAUUCAUACUAAAUUAUCUCGUUCUUUAAUGUAUAAUCGUAUUAGUGAUAUCGCUAUAAUUUAAACCAAACUGACGUUUAUUAAUACUAAUAUUUUAGAGCAUUCUAUGUUAUCGAGAGAUAGGUAAUUUAGUGAUUAUAUCGGUGGUCUUGUAAUUGAUACAUAAAAUUAUUCAUAAGCUCAGCGGUAUUCUGUCUUAAUAAUCUGCCGAUAUCGUUAUUCAACCGACUAUAGUAGCUUAUAAAAAAUGCUCAAAUUGUUUAAUUUUCUUACGACUUAAAGUUAUAGCGAUGUCCUAUUUGCAUAUACAGACAUGAAUGUUCUUUCCAUUCGAAGUACUUUUUAGUACCUUCCUCUAUGUACAAGUUUUAAUUGAUUCCUCGGAAUAGUCAUUUAUUUCUUACUAAGAUAAUAUAACCCUAUUCAGCGUGGAUGUACGAUGGCUUUACUCAAAAUAUAUUUUUAUCUACGUUAUCUAGUAAUUCGUUAAUUUUAGUCAAUAUUUGCAUUCUAAAUGUAUGCAAAUGUCGUAUCUACGACAUUCUAUCAACCAGAUCUUGGUGUCUAACGUUUAAACUUAAUUUUAGGAUCUAUUUACGUAUUAAUUGUUAUUUAACAAUCCAUAAACAUAUUUAAGUGUUCGUCACAUAUCAUUUUUAUUAGACCUAACCUUUUCUCAUUAUAAUUUUCUAUCAAAAUCAUUGAUUUUAAAAACAUCACGCCAUCAAGAAUGUUUCAUUUUCAUAUUUUACGAUGUUACGUUAAAUAUAAUAUUUUUGAAGAUUUUACAAUUGAGAUAUCCCUUUAUAUAUUUGCUUUAGAUAAAUCUAUUACAUAUUAUAUACAUAUUUCGAAAAUUAAAAUCUAUAUUAAAAACUUUAUUGUUUUAAGUAGCUUUAAUAUAUUUAAAAUUUUCAAUUAAAUGAACAGCAAAAUUAGAUCUCUUAAAACAAGAGCAAGAUUCAUUCUAAAUCCUUACCGUCCGUAUUAACCGAACAUAUUAAUAGUGCUCUCAUAAAAUAACAUAAUAAAAACUCGUAUGUCAACAAUAUAGGCCUGCCAUCUGGGUCUUGUUUAGUUGAAAAGUUUUAUUUUUCUUAAUAACGUACGGCCUUACUUAUUAACGUCGUUUAGCUGGUAAAUAGUUUAACAAUGCUGUGUCUUCUUCUUUCGAAUGAAAACCCAGUAAUGACAGAAAGAGCGAGAACAGCGUUUAACUAAACAGCCGAUACGCAACAUUUAUAAGUAAGGCCGGUAAUCUUUCAAUAAUUAAUUAAAAUCAAAGGAAUUCUUUUUGAACUCAAAAUUAAAUAUAUCUGGUUUGGAACUCCUUGUCCUACUAAUAUUAUCCCAGGUGGCAGUUCUAAACGAGUACAUUUUAGUAACACAUGCUUAAAGCCAUGAUGUCCUAGUCCCAAACAGUUAAAAAAUAUACAAGAGCUUAUUGGAAACUAUGUAUUUUUUAUAGCAUUUACUUUAAAAAUGUUAUUUAAUGAACCUCUCACAUUUUACUUUAGAAUAUUUUUUUUUAUUUCAUUCUUCUUUUUUUUUCUUCCACUUACUCCAUUUUAAUAUAAUAUACCCUUCAAUAUAAUAUUUAAUGAAAAAAACGUGUAAGAUUUACUAAAAUCUUUACCAAAAAAAAACUAUCAACUUGAAUGGAUUCGAUGAGGAGUAUACACUUUUAAAACACUUAGAAUAUAGUUUAAAUAAGAUAAAUUUAAGAAUUUCAUCAAAAUCGUUAUAACCAGUUAAAUACGGUAAUUUUCUAGCUAUUGGUGUUAUAGAUGUUGUCUUUGAUGUUAAUAAUAUUAUUACACUACUGAUUUAGACCAAUCUUAAUGUUAUAAUAAUAAUUGUCUAUUGUACAAUUUACGUAUUUAAGAUAUUCAUAUUUAUAAUGUAACUUUCCAAUGAAUUAUGCUUAUUAUAAUUUUUUAACAUGAAUGCUAGUUUCGUUGAAAAUAUUGUGAAAAUCAUUGAAAUUUUAAUCUUUAAGAGACUGAGAAGUGUUCGAAUGUAUUCAGAUAUUUUAUUUUAAACACUUUUUUUAUAUACUUUCUGUAUUCGCAAAACGGUUUCGUAUAAUAAUAGUACCCUGUAUUUUUAAACUUAUUUUUGACAUGCAAUAGUCAUAAGAAUACAAUAAAUAAGUGAUUAAUGCGAUCGUUUUAAAAAUUAUAAUUUAAUGGGUCCAAAAUUUGGUCCACCGAAAAUAUAUUUAUAAUGUUCCGAACGAUAUUUAACAUUCUAACAAAAUUUGAGACUAUUUUUGAUUUUUAUAUUUACCGAUAUAAAUUGUUUGGAGAUAAAAUACAAAUGAAUGUCAAUGAUUUCGAAUAAUUAUAAUUAUAAAUAUUUUUCUUUUACAUUAUAUGCGUAUCGUACAUUAGUAAAUUCGCUACAAUAUAUAUUUUUUUGACUGCCUCGUUGGUCUAGUGGCUAGAUGUAAGGCAGGAGGUCUUGGGUUCAUUUCCCAGGUCGGGCCAAUAAAAAGUUAUUGGGUUUUUCUGUCAGAAAAUUCUCAAUAGUAUCCCGGAGUCUGGGAGUUGGAAGUGUGUUGGCACUCCCGUGCCUUGGAAAGCACAUAAAGCUGUUGGUCCAGCGCCUGAACUCUUUCCGGUCGUGUCGGAUUGCCGUCCCAUCGGAUUAUGAGGGCUAGGAAAUAGAGAGUGCACCUGUGUUUGCGCACACACUUGUGCACUAUCAUAUCUCCUGCGCAGUUAGCUAAGCUCUCUUGAGAUUGGCCGCCGUGGCCGAAAUCGGUCUGGAGGUCAUUAUUAUUAUAUAUUUUUACUAUACGUACCCUAAUUAUAAUUAUUCCAUGUUUUAAUAUAAUUAAUCUAGUCACGACGUUGUUAUCCCAUUCAAUUUUAAUUUUUCGUAUUUCAUGUAUUAAAUGCAUUUAAAAAGUCAUAUGAAAAUAGAAAUCACAUAUGUAAUAAAAAUAAGAAUUUUCAAAUCCAUAUCGUAAAAGAAACAAAAUAUUAAUCAAAUAAGCGUACAAUUAUUCAUUAAAGUAUAAUUGUUUUAAACAUAGCUUAAAUAUUGUAUUUUUUUAGGCACAGAUAAAUAAUAAAUCAUAUCAUCUUGAUUGGAUCGAUGGUAACAGAUACCUAAAACAUAAAAAUAAUUAUAAAUUUUAACUUAUAUUUGAAAAUGCCAAUAUCAUUAUUUAAGUUAGCUGAUUUUAAGUUGAAUUGCCGUGCCAAAAUAUGGUUGAAUUAUUUCGACUAACUUACGAGCCCGAAUUAUGUGAAUUAGUUUGUUACUUAAUAAUUUAUUAAUAGCAUAGCAAAAUAAUUGUAUGGAUUUAAUAAAAGUUUUUAAGGAGUUUUUAGAACAAACUAAAUAAUCUACUCGAUUUGUUUUGUAAUUUCAAUUUUUAAGAAUUACACUUACUUUGUUAACAAUAGGUUUAAACUGAACUUAUUCGAAUAAUAAUUAUUUUUAAAUCCUUAUAUUUAAAUUAUAGAUAUUUAAUAAAAAAAAGGGGGAAGCAUAACAUUUUUUGCAUGAUAUUAAUUAUUCGCUUGCAAACAAAUAUUUCAUUUGUGCCAAUGAGAUAAUUAUCGAUUUCCUCUUGUAAAUGUGGUUAUUUUCUUGUCAUGCUGGGUUUUAUUGAUAUUUUCAAUAAAACCGUACAGCUUUGUAACUUCUGAUUAGAUUAAGGCCACUCUUGAAACCGUAGCAGUAGUGUGACAAGUGGAGUAUAUUUCUGGUUAAGUACCAAACAUUCCACAUCGCUUUGUAUGUAUCGAAAUUACGCCAAACGAUUUUAUUGAAAACGCAGUGAAUUAUUAUGUGUCUAGGAUAAAAAUAUAUUAUCAUAAAUGUGUUAUUAAUGUUUAAUCUGUACUGUACGUUAUUUUUAGUUUUUUUUAAUCAAUUCUGAAAUGAGUUCCGAAAAUUUCAAAAUGUCUUGAUGACAUGAUAUCACUCGAUGUUGGCGAAAAUAUUUUGGGCAUUUAGUGAUUUUUUCGAACCUUAUUUCAGAAGCCCUGUCACCCUAAACCUAAGCUCUGUUCACUGUGAUAAUGUAAUAUUUAUAAGAAUUUUAAUAGUAAAAAAAUUUUACUCGUUCGCUAUCAUUUGGAGCGUUACAAAAUUAACAUGAAAUUUUCUUAGAACUGUAAAAGUUACAAUUAUUUAUAAUUAAUAUCACAGUGAAUCAAAUCCAUCUCAUGUGUAUCCUUCAUCCUGAUUUUUUUCUUUUGUGUAAUGCAUUCUUUAAGAUCAUCGUGUUUUAAUUCAAAUAUUAUGUAUACUUUAAUACGAAUGAUCUUAACGGAAGUAUUCAUAUAGAUUUUACCUUUACAGUUGAAGUGAAGUUUUUUAUAUCGUAUAUCGAAGUAUUUUAAUUUUAAUUACGACUGUACUGUUUUAUAUCUCAUAUAUUUUAUACCGAUGUCUCUAAAUAAAAUGUGAAC